CUGCCCUGGAUUUUGGCAGACUACACAUCGAAGCAGUUGAACUUUGAUGAACCUGCUACGUUUCGAGAUCUCUCUCGACCCAUUGGCAUUGUCAACCCCGACAACAUUGCCACUGUUCGCGAAAAAUAUGAAUCGUUUGAGGAUCCCAGCGGUGCGAUUUCCAAGUUUCACUACGGCACACACUAUUCUAGUGCAGCAGGAGUCAUGCAUUACCUCGUUCGAACUGAGCCCUUCACCAGCCUUCAUAUCCAUCUUCAAGGCCAACGGUUCGACGUGGCGGAUCGCCAAUUCAACUCAAUACCUAUGGCUUGGUCUUUGAUAAUGUCCAGUCCUUACGACAACCGUGAACUUAUCCCUGAAUUUUUCCACUUUCCCGACUUUUUGCGGAAUGACAACGACUUUGACCUGGGUCGCCUGCAGGUGAGUGGCAAAAAGGUAGAUGAUGUGGAACUUCCUCCAUGGGCAUCUACACCUGAAGAGUUCAUUCGCAUUCACCGAGGCGCCCUUGAAUCCGAUUAUGUUUCUGCCAACCUCCACAAGUGGAUCGAUCUUAUCUUUGGCUACAAGCAACGUGGCAAAGCGGCCGAAAAUGCCCUCAAUGUUUAUUAUUACCUGACCUACGAGGGGGCAGUUGAUUUGGAUGACGUUACCGACCCAAUCGAACACGCCUCUAUCGAGGGGAUGAUAAAAAAUUUUGGACAAACACCUUGCCAACUUCUUAAAGUAAGUUCCCCGCAAAUGAACAAAAUCUUUCCUGAGGAGCACCAAGAAUUCGCUUUAGCGGUUGCACAUCAUGAGUAA